AUGACCUGGAAGUUAACUACACGCAACCGACGUGCAGGUCUGACAGCUCUGAUCCAGACACAGCAGACUGUGAUGGCAGCUGAAGGAGAAGAAGCUCAUUUCAGCUGUCGGCUGACUCAAUCUAAAGAUGUUCUUCAGGUCUCAUGGCAGAAACAGUCGCCCACUGGGAUGGAGAAUCUUUGUUCUUACACCACAGAGUUUGGUCAGCAAGUGAAUCCUGACUUUAGAGAUAAAGUGGAGUUUGAAGCUGCUGGACUGCAGAACAGCUCCAUAGUGAUCAGGAAGGUGACGGAGCUGGAUGAAGGCUGCUAUCACUGCUUGUUCAACAGCUACCCUGAAGGUGCCCUCAAAGGUACAACCUGCCUCCACCUCUAUGAGCUGCAUGAACCCAUUCUACAUGUGAGACAGUCAAACUCUAGUGAAGAGGCACUUGUGUCCUGCUCGGCCACAGGUCGACCUGCUCCCACUGUGACAUUAAGAGUCCUGCAGAAAGACCUCCACCUCUCAGGCUACAGCUCCGUCAGCGUCACCAACAGCAACGGUACAGUCACUGUCACCACUACAGCUGUGCUGUCGGCCUCAAAUGACAGCAGCACACAGGUUGGAUGUGCAGUGCGAGUGCUCUCUGGUCCUCAGAUAGAGACGUCUGUGAUGUUGCCUGAGGUCAAACGGUCGUCUGCUGAUGACGGUUUUGAUGAGGAAUCUGAGCCUGAUGACAGUGAUCGCUCUCACACUUGGAUCAUUAUGUUGUCCCUGUUCGGAGCCUGUGCUCUUAUUGCUGCGUUCACCUUUUUCCUACUUCAACCAAAAACUCCAAACAGGGACGUUGAGAUGAAUGAGAUGCCACAAACUACAGUCAGAGGCGCUCAUGAGACCGAAGCAUCUUCAGUUCAGCAGGAGCGCGAUCCGAUCAGACUACGGGCAUCUCCUGUGAAGAUCCAAGCAAGUGAUCUCCCAAAUCCAUCACCCUCAACAUCAAGGAGACUAUAGAACUGCAUCAAUGCUUUGGAGGUGAAACAUCCCAACAGUGUGCAAAAAUAAAAGGUGACACACACACAUGCAACAUGCAGUGAACCACACACAGGAGCAGUGGGCUGCAAUCAAGCGCCGGGGAGCAUAUUGGGGGGUUAAGUGCCUUGCUCAAGGGCACAU